ACACACAUCGGUUUCGGUGCUAAUCACAAAGAUUUGCUUAAUCCUAAUCCAGAAAAAAGGAAGGAAGAAAAAAAAAAGUUUGGAUCUUUAAUCUUAGCAUUUAACAAGAAGUACACCACAAAAGCAGGCUGACCCUGUAAUGUAGUCAAAGUACACUCUACUAAAUCUCCUCUCACAUUUCUAGUUAGUUAUUCGGGCUUUUAGGGUUUCCUGUUCCCCACACUUCACACACCCAAAAUCCAAACCAGCCAUGGCGGGCUUCGACCUUAACGAACCCCACAACCACAACCACAACCACAACCACAACCACAACCAGACCUUCCCAGAAGACUCGGAGGUGGAGGUCAGCAGCGACGAAGAAGGCUUCAAAGGCGCCUGGUUCAGAGCCACCAUUAUCGAGAAUCCUAUCACCCCGGCCAAGAAGAACAAGAACAACAAGAAGGUUAUGGUGGAGUACCGAAACCUCGUCACCGAGGAUGGGACCGAUCAAUUGAGGGAGUACGUCGACCUCUGCUACGUCCGGCCACUCCCGCCGGAGGUCGGUCGCCUGAAUUUCGAGGUCGGAGUGGUUGUCGACGCCGAUUACAGAGAUGGAUGGUGGACGGGCGUGGUGAAGAAGGCCCUCGGGAAUUGCAAGUACAGAGUUUUCUUCGAUAACCCUCCUGAUUUGAUCGAGUUUGAUCAGAACCAAAUGCGGGUUCAUCAGGACUGGGUUGGUGGUCACUGGGUUCGCCCCAAAAGACAACAGCGAAUGACAGGGUCUCCUUUCAGCCCAGGAACAGACGUAGAAGUGAGUUUCAAUAUUGCAGAUUUUUACGAUGCUUGGGUCCCUGCGAUUGUGGUGACAGAAAAUGAGGACAAUACCUUUAUGGUGAAAUAUCUCAACAAGGCUAAGCAUUGGCAACAUGUUGUAGACAUUCACCAUAUCCGCCCUCCCGCUCCUCGUUACGCAGAUAGGACUUAUAAGUUACUCGAGAAAGUAGAUGCAUUUUGUGAUUUUGCUUGGCGGGCUAGUGAAAUUACCAAGAUUCAAGCUGGGAAGAUGUAUACAGUCAAUUUCAAGCAUAGUACGAAGUCUAAGGAACUUAGUCAUGCAGAAAUAAGGCCCCUUGUGGAAUGGAAAGAUGGAAAGUGGAACAUGCGCUCCAAGGAUGUCUGGGUUGCUCCAGAUUCAGAGUUGCAAGAAAAGUUAGAGCAUGAUCCCAUGAAUGUUAAUAAUGCUGACAUGGCCACUAAACCUGAAAGUUUGGAUGCUUCUGAUGAUAAAAGGGCAAAGCAAACACCUCAACCCACAAAUUCCAAGAAGAAUCUGACGGAGCUUUCUAAAGGUUACAACAGGGAAUCAGUUUCUCCUGUCCGAACCUUAAGUUUGAAGACAAUAACGUUAUCGGCUCCCACCCGUAUAGGUAGACGUGGUCAUGCUUCAAAAAACUUAAAAGACGGAAUUCCAAUGGAUUCCCCGUUAUCAGAUACAUCAAGUCAAGCCAAGAAAGAAAAGCUUAGUGCAUUAGCCACAUUACCAACAGGAGCAAAAGUGUCCACGCGCUUAAGAAAGCCUGUUCUUCCGUUCAAUUUUGAAAGCUUUGCAGAAAAGAGAGCUAGGACUAAGCGGCAGAAAGACGGUGCAGUUGACGGUGCAGUUGACGGACCGAAAGACCUUGCAGUUGACAGACAGAAAGAUGGUGCAGUUGAUGGAGAAAAAGGCGGAUCAGUAGAUGUUCAAAGAACGGAUCCUGUGAAACGUAAAGGAAGACCUAAAAAGUCUCAAGUUGGAAGCCUGCCAACAUCAGCUGUAGGUCAGGCCCAAAAUGCAAGUACUGGUGGAGCCACUGAAACUUUGGUAGAAGAGGAUGGAAAGAAAGAAGUUGAAGUCCCUGUCAGAAUUGCCUCAGACACUAAGGGAAUGGGGGAUUUAUCGGGCGAAGUUCCUUGUCAGAUUCUUGACGAGGAAUUGGCAGUGAUAACCGUAGAUUCGAAGCUGAAUUCAAAUGAUGCAGCUGAAUACGAGAGCACGGUUGUGUCAGCUCAACUUGCCAGUGACCCUAUUUUGGCUGAUUUGCUUCACAGCCUGGUUCUUAUUCCAAACAUGGAGUUGAAGCAGCAACAAGCUGGAGGAAGCAGCAGUCGUAAACGAAAGAGGGGCAGACCAAAAAAAGUAGUGGUCUUAGGUCUAGAAUCAUCAGAAGGAGUUAUUCUUCAGAAGGGAGCUAAACACGUUGAGGAAAUUGUUGUAAAUGCGGGUCCAACUAAUGAAGUUGCUGUGCCUAUUCAAGUAGGCGUGCAAACUACAGAUUUGCAAGAGGCCUCCAGAAGAAAAAGAGCUGAUGCUUCCAGGACAAAAUGCAUGACAACGGAAAAUGGGUCGGUCUCUACUCGACCAUCAAAUAGUGCCGAUGAUGAUGAUCGGCCGCUGUCGACGUGGGUCGGCCUAGUGCAGUGUCAACCGGGUGUUGCUGAAACAAAAUCGAUUAGUAAGUUGGUUGACCAACGGAAGGGGGAUAGAGAACAGCCUGAUGCGACGGUGAUGGCUAAGGAAUCUCUUGCGAUUGCUUCCUCCAAUGACUCUGUGCCUGAGGAAGUUCAGAGGUUGCCUUUUGUGAAGAGCUCGCCGGUAUGGAAAGUCAUAGAGUCCAUGGACGUUUUCAAAACAUUGCCGCAAAGGCCACAUUUUCGCCCUCUCUAUAAGUGCAAAGAGGAAUGUAGGGAAGGGCUGGCCAUCGGUAACAUGGUAACAUUCUCGGGCUUGGUAGACAAGAUAAGCAAGUUGCGAUUCGAUGAUCGUGGGAAUGUUUUUUCCAGCGCAUUGGAGAGCCUCCUUGACUUGGAAAAGCAUGGGUUUAACGUCGCGGCAAUUAGAGACCGGGUGAGUGAGUUGCUGUCGAUUAAAGAUAGGCAGGAGCGGCUUCGCGAUGAGUCAAAAAACGCUGAAAGAAAGAAGUCGGAGUAUGCCAGCGAAAAGACUAGGCUGGCGGAGGAGUGCAAGGAGAUUGAAACGAAGAUAAGCGAACUGCAAGAGAAGCAUGCGCUACUCAAAUCCCAAUUAGAGACCAAGGAUGUUGAGUUGGCCAAGUUACAGCAGAACACGGAUGCUAUCGACGAAAGCCUUAGAAGCGCUCGGCUCGUCUUCGAGAAACUAGUGGCUGCCCCUUUGAAAUUGGCCUGACUGAGGUUUUCCUUUCUGUAUUGCUUCUUCUCCUGGAUGUUUUCUUCUUUUGCAGAUAAUGAUUGUACUGAUUCACGACACUGAUCAAGUAGCGUGUAAUAUUAGCAUUUUCGCUACUUGUUUGUUGUAGCAGAUGGCUUAAGUUA